AUGGCUCGACUGAAUGAAUCAACAGCACCUUCUGAGUCUAUUGAUUCUCUGAAGCGGCGAUUUGUGCGGCAGAAUCGCGAAAUAGCUCGAGUAAAUUCGAUACAGUCGCUCCGCAUUCGCGGCCUCGAGUCGGAAGUUUCCCACCUCCUAUCUGAAAAUGUCUCUUUACGAGAGCAGGUUAUAACCUUGAGCCAAGAUAUAGCAAGAUUUGAGGCGGCUAAGAUGCUCCAUGAAGGAGUUUAUGAUCUCAAGGCAAAAUUAGAAAGCAAGUUGACGGAGCUGGGUAACCUGGUGACGGACUUGGGUACGCUACCACGGAAAUCCGGAAAACUAAACGAUGAUAGAACAGAGUCGACAGGCCCGGGGUCUUCAAGGCUAUCAAAUCUGGAUAUCAGACGCAGAGCGACAGGUUUCGAUUACAGCUUUGUACCAGAAGACGGAAGACUCCCAGUCAUACUCGAAGACAAGUGUUAUCCAAGAAGGACUCUGGAACCCCAGGAAUUGCAAGAUCUACUCAAUGACAGCCUCGACGAUCCAGUGUCACCGGGAAUGGAAGAUGAAGUACCAGUUCUUCAAUUGAGUUUCGAAGAUGACAACCAUGGUUCAAAACAAUGUGAAAAUACGACUGAGAUGCAAACAAUCGUUGCAGAUUCUGAGGACGGUGUUCCUCUGUUACCUCCCACCCUCGAGACAAGGAAGAAGAAAAAGUCCAGUCUUUCUGCAAGGGCUGAGGGUAUUCCCGACAUGAACGCCGAGUAUCCAAUCGCACACAACGAUUCGAAACGUCCUCUGAAGUCUGGGUCAAAACGCAAGUUCAUUUCAGAGGAUGACCAACUUGCAUCCAUUGCGACUGGAGACGAUGAUUUUCAAUUUAGUCGACCCAGUAUAGUCUCACCGAAUCCGGAUGAAAAGUUUGUGUCGAUGCGCGAGGAUAUUUCACCAGUGAAGAGACAAGUAGAGGUAAAAAGAGGACCAAGAAAUCGCCUAUCAUCUAAGCGUAAAGUGUUUGAGCCAAGUAUGGAAAGCUGCUAUACCCCGAAACCUGGCUUAGCCCGACUAACUGCGGAAACAGAGAGCACGAAUAUAAACAUGUCUUCUCCCAAGAAGUUCCGUGCUUUGAUGUCCCAGGGACAUGAUACAAAUGCCCUACACAUGCUCGAAGCUCAGGGAGAUGAAAACAAAAAGUCAUUUCUAAGAUUCCAGGAAGACAAGGCAAAAACAGAACCAAAUGGACCGGACCACGCCCCUACCUGCUAUUUUGAUAGUGGAAUUGAGCAAGAAAAUGAAGGCCCAGGGCAUGUGAUUGAGCAAAGUGAACCAGAUAUGACAAACCCACCGUCACCAGAAAUGCAUUUAUUCCAGCAGGAUGAUCCCGGACGAACACCUGACAUGUUGAAUGCCCCAUCCCGAGUAACACGACGCCAAAGGGCUGUUGUGAGCUACGCCGAACCAAACCUCAGAGACAAGAUGCGACGGCCUACAAAAGAGCUGAUAGAUGCGGUUGGGUAUGGGGGUUCCCGAAGAUCUUCCAGCUCCCAGGUACUUCAAGCGAAUUCGUGCGACGAGAACGAAAAAGUUAAAAACGGGUUGGUCAGCAUAAAAAGCUCUCGUGUUUCAGAUGUAACAGAUAGUGAUUCUGGCCGUAUUAGCAAGGAAGUUCUGGAAAACUCUUCGAAACAGCCAAUGGAUAUGGUUUCUCAAAGGAAGCGCAAGACAUUGCCAGCGAACAAAGGUGAUACUUUCAAUGAUCAAGCCUCAGCACAAUCAGUGGCAGAGACCAAGACAUUCAUCUCCGGACAACAUGAUGAUGUUCCCAGUCAUGGAUAUGAGGCAGAUAGCAAUAAUGUCACUGGCCUUGAAAAUGAAAGCGCCGGUGCCAGGCGAGAUCUUCAGUCUGCAGUUUCCCAAGAGCUCACUGCGAAAACAAAAAAGACAGCGUCAAGGCAGUCUCGGCGGCACUCCUCCAACCCCAGACAUUUGGGGAAAGAGACUCCGCUGCAAAACGAUGGAGAACUUGACAUUGGAGCCUAUCCCGUCCUGGCGAAGGCCCAUUCCGGGUCCUCGGCGUCCUCCAAGCCUGUCCAUGGAUCCACCAAGCUAGAAGACACACAUGAUUCAUGUGAAGAGCAGGAAGAGGAGGAUUCACGGCAAUCUUUGGCGAUUGAUAGUAGGCAAGUUCGACGGGGACAGCGAGUUGCUGCCCGGAGAAGAAGUAUGGUGUUAUAA